AAUGCUACCUCAUUUGAGUUGUUGAAUUUUCCCCUAGAGGCUCAGUUCUUGUGCAGGUUGAGCCUGGGAAGGCCUUAAGCCAUCAGCCCAGGUCCAGCCAGCCUCUCAGAUGGCCAGAUACACAGGAGGGUGGGUUUCCUUCAUCCUCCAGUUUGAUGAAAGGGAAGACUUUUCCACCAGGCCCACAGGGCAGGGCCUGGAGCACAGAGGCAGAGAUUUCCCUGCCCGUGCACUUAGGCCUGCCCUUCUCAUUCCGGUUUCCUUUGACCCAUUCUUGGGUGAGUGCCAGUGUUCUAGAAAGGGGAGUGAAGGCCAGGUUCUAGAAUGCCACCCCCCCACCACUGAGAUCGGGUCUGGAAUGUUAGAAGGGCAUAUUAUAUAUCCACUGGGCAUAAAUUGCCUUGUACUUGGCUGCUUCCUCUGCAGAUUGUUGCUUCUUUUCCUGGCUGCAUAAUCCUUUCCUCAUCGAGGGGCCUCGGCUCAGCAGUGCUUUCUAGGAGCCCCAUGAGCCUUUAAUACAUUGGUUUUGCCCUGCACCUCUGACCCCUCCCUCCUUCAGGCAUGCACCUGGCCCUCACCACUGUGCUCCUGUGGGCAUGGGGGAGUCUCCAGGCCUUUGAAAUUGUGGAGAAGGAAAACAUUUUUCAGAAGACCCCCUGCCCCGCUUUCCUGAUGUUUGAAAAUGCAGCCUACCUGGCCGACAUGAGCUUUGAGCUUCCCUGCCACUGCAAGCCUGAGGAGGUGCUGGCUGUAGUCUGGUUCUAUCAAAAGCACCUAGGUAGCAGCCACACCAAAGUGCUGACGGACUUCGAUGGGCGGGUGCUGACGGAGGCGGCCCAGGUGCAUGUGGGCAGUGACAUGCUGACCCGCUUCAGCAUCCGCAUGUUCAGCCUGUUGGUUUUCAGGGCCCAGCCUGAGGACUCAGGCCUGUACUUCUGUGGCACCCGCAAGGGGGACUACUUUUACGCCUACGAUGUGGACAUCCAGAGCAGCGAGGGAAUGGUGGCCACUUUCCAGGAUGAGGGCCAGGAGCCCUUCGCAGACGAGUACUAUGGGCACCUCCAUGUCUUCACCACCUUCUGGGAGUGGACCCCCUGUGACCGCUGCGGGGUGCGUGGGGAGCAGUGGCGCAUCGGCCUCUGCUACCUGCAGAGCCCAGACCUCUCCCCACGCUACCUCAAGGCGGUGCCCGACGUGGUGUCCUGUGGCUCAAGGGCUGUGCCGAGGAAGCUGCGGACCAAGGCCAGGGACCACAUGCCUGAGCUGCUGGUUCGGAGCUGCAUAGUCCCCUGUGAGAAGACGAAGACCAUCCGGGGGGGCAUCCUGGCCAUCGUUAACUAUGUGUCCAAGGUGGGCAGCCGGCCCUGGGUGCCCCAGGUGCCCAUUCAGUUCCACCAGCAGAGACUGGGCCAUGGGCUCAUCAUCUCCUGUCCCGGGGCCCGGCCAGAGCAUGCGGUGGCCUGGGACAAAGACCGCCAGCACCUCUACCGCACACAGUACCUGAAGGGCGUCAACAGGUCCAUGAGGGUGUUCAUUGACCACGGCAACCAGCUCCACAUCCGCUUCGCCCAGCUGGGUGACCGGGGCAUCUACUAUUGCUGGAGGCAGGGUGUGCGGGUUGCUGGCUUCCGGCUGGGCGUGACAUCUCGUGGGCGCUACCCAGCCUCGUUCUCGGAUCCUGAGACUCGCUCGGCCGUGGAGCUCACCCUGAUAGGCUACUUGCUCAUCACGGCAGUUUUUGUCACCGUUCACCUCUGUCAUUGCUGCUGUUACUUAUUUAGCUGUUGUCCCAACUUCUCCCCCUAGGCUUUCCCCAGUUCUGAAGACCUGUUGUCCUUCAAUGUGUUUGUUAAAUGAUACCAGAUGUCUCUGGUGGGUACCCUGGGCUGGGACUUGUGGUAGGGACAUGUGGACAAAUCUGUUAGUUACAGCCUGCUCCCCAUUUUCAUGGGCAGGUCUGGGGCCUGAGCUGAGAAGUGGAGGGGCCCUAAGGCUGGUGGGAGAAUGGGGACUGAGGUCAGGAUGGAACUAGCCAGGGCGUGCGUGUUUUCUGACUUCACACUUAGGUCAGAGAAGAAGGAGUGAACUCAUAUUUGUCCAGUGGUAAACACUGAUCAGCGC